UGGUUAGCAUCCAUCAACCUUCGUCAGCAGCAGCAGCAGCAGCAGCAACACCAACCGGUGCCAGCCGGUGCCAGGUGUUUGUGGUUCUCGUCUCAAGGUUAAUUUCACAAUUUUACCUAAUUUUGUCAAACCACCUGAACGCGAACCAGGUGGCAGCAUGGGCCACGGCAGCAGAUAGCAAACUUCACCAGGCACAGGGGAGCAGCAGUGCGCACCGUGAUGCUCCACCGUCGCUUUGGAGAAAUCUGGUUAUCCGUGUAGUGGUGCGGACACUACGCAACAAGCUCCCCAUCAUCAUCAUCAUCAUCGUCGUCAUCGUGUGUUGUGGGGAGAUAUCUUGUCGCGCGUGUUGAUAAACGCUUCGUCGUUCGUGCGUAUCGUGGUCGUGAGUGAGUGGGCUUUGUUGGCGGAAAAACCGCACAAUUCGUACCAGCAGACGUGGAAAAGCAACGGGGUUUCCACCCCCCACCAAAAUCAGUGACCACCAGCCUGCUCUUUUGUUGUUAAUGCGUGUCGCGGGGUUCGCUUGGCUACGUGUGUUCUACGAGUGGAGUGUAGUGCGCCGUGUAAUCGUCUCGCAGUAGUACCGCCCCCCGAAGUAGGCGACGAUGGUGUUUGUGUCGCGGGCCCCGGGAUAGUACCGAUUGCUUUGUGCUAAACUGUUACCAAUCCAGCAGCCAAAUCACUGCGCGCUGCGAAGAAGUUAAUCGUGAAGAUAGAUGCUGAAGGCUAUCAAGCCCAUGAUCAGCUGUUCGUUCGUCUAGGUGCCACCCACUACGUCCAACGCUGCAACGUAGCAACCGUUUGCUCGGUCCUGCUAUACGGGUACUUAAUAGAAUGCAGCUAAAUCGCUAUCACGUUUCGUGAAGGGAUUUCAAUCGUCAGAGUUGAGUUGUGCAGCAGUUUCCACGCCUCUGGAAAAUGUCCAAUAGGGCCAACGGCCUCGGCAGGGUAGCCAAUGGAACCAGCAAUACGAUACAUCGAUAUGGCGCGACAGACGAUUCCACAGUCCUAGCAGCUAAUGGAACCACGAGGCAUCAUCGUCAAAUCACGGCCGCCGACACGAUAACGGCAGCGGAUGAGGAAGGUGUGGACAACCAUCAGCACAACCACCAUCAGAAGGAAGAGAUGCCGUCGGAACGUAGUCAGCAGCAGCUAGAGAAGCGAUCCACGUUGCGGAUGUGCGAAAAGAUCGGAUACGGUCUGGGGCACGUUUACAAUGAUUUGUGUGCGGGCGUUUGGUUUAGCUACACGCUGCUGUUCAUGCAGGGAGCACUCGGUAUGCCGGCCGCGGAAGCCGGUGCCAUGGUUAUGUUGGGCCAGGUUGGUGACGCAAUCGCAACACCGAUCGUCGGCAUGCUCACGGAUCGUUAUGGCACCAAAAGACAGUGGCACAUUUUUGGUACCUUUAUCGUAUUUCUUACAUUCCCGAUGAUCUUCUCACUGUGCCCUUGGUGCACGGUGGCACCGCACUGGUGGGAGAUCGUGUACUUCGCGGCUGUGAUACUGGGCUUCCAGUUCGGGUGGCCAAUCGUGCAGGUGACACAUCUGGCCAUGAUCCCGGAACUAUCGCGCACUCAGAAGGAUCGUUCCGACCUGACGGCGAUCCGGUACUCGCUCUCGAUCAUCUCCAACGUGGUCGUGUACAUCGUCACGUGGGCUGUGCUGAGGAAUCGAAGCAGCACCGACAAUCAGAUCGGUCCCGGAGAUGCAUAUCGAUUCAGGGACAUCUCACUCAUCCUGACACUGGCCGGUGUUUCAAUGUCGGUGCUGUUCAACUUCUCGCUUACCUUCAGUGGGUACGAGCAGCGAAGAAGUACCGCCCUGCUGCACAAUGUCAUUCGACCAGCAGCCACUUCGGAGGAGCCGGAUCUAGAGCGUGAAAGCCUACUGAGACCGUCAACAGCAGCGGGCACAUCAUCGAACGGGCCCGAGGCAGUUUUGCUUCGAAAGCCAAAGAAAAACUUCUUCAAAUCGCCCUUGCUCUACCAAAAUGCCCUACUGUAUGUGUUUUCGCGGCUCUUCAUGACCACGUCCCUGGUGUACAUGCCGCUCUGGCUGGACGAACAGGCGCACCAUCAGCAGGUUGGGCCACCGACGGGAGACCAGGUGAAUGUGGAGCAUUUGGCCACCGUACCGCUGGUGUCGUUUCUGGCCUCGUUCGUGGCCUCGCUCGUACUGAAGUACACCAAUCGCUUCGUCAGCAACAGUCUGGUGUACUUUAUCGGAUCGCUCGUCAGCAUUAGCGUUUGCAUGUGGAUUGCCCUCACGGCCGUGGACGCCACCUUCAGCACGAUCGCCUUGUUUGUGAUUGCGGCGCUGUUCGGUGCCGGUAGCUCGAUCACGAUGGUUAGCAGUCUUUGUAUUACGGCGGACAUGAUCGGGAAGCACGCGGAACAGAGCGGGAUUAUCUAUUCGGCCGUCACGUUCGCCGACAAGCUAGUCACGGGCGUGGUGGUCGUCAUAAUCGAGUCGGUCAAGUGCAAAGACCGAACGGAAUGUCCAGAGUAUUAUCAAGGUGUUCUAUCGUACGGGUGCGGUUUCGCGGCGAUUCUCGGGUGCGUCACGUUGUCCACUUUGCUCUGCACGAAGGCGGCAACCCGAGCGAGGAGUCGGUGAGGGUUUUUCUCAAUGGAUUCGAGUUUAUUCCUUUUUAUUUUUGAUCCACUAGAGAACGGAAACGGAAUGUGAAAAUAUAGAAUUAUUG